AUGAGUUCUGAUGAAGAAGUUAGUAAUGUAUCAACUUCAAAUAUAGAUAAAGGAAAACAAGUUGGAAAAGGAAAAUAUGAAGCAACAUUUAAUUUUUGUAAACUAACUUGGAAUUGUGGUGAAUCUAGUGAAUUAGAAAAUCAUUUAGCUAAUCACUGUCAAAAAGCUGAUUCAACAAUUAUUUGUCAAUUUCUUACAAAAAUUCUUUCUAAUAAUUCUGAACAAGGGGAAUCUAGUAAAAAAAGAAAGAUUAGUCAAGGACCACUUAAUCAAUAUGUUAGUUUAAUAAAAUUAAAUAAUCAAAAAAUCAAAAGAAUUCAUCUUGCUUAG